UAGUCAAAAAUGUGGAUUAUGUAACAUAUAUCGUAUAACAGAUAUCAUGUAUAUAAAAGCAGGGUCGACCCUUUUUUUUCCCCUUCUUUCUUCAAUCAAUCAAUCAGUCAAUCAAUUGAAAAAUCAUGAAGUUCUUACUUGCUACUCUCAUCUUAUUCUUUGCCUUGGUUCAAGCUCUGACCAACUGUACUACUGAACAAUGGUCUUAUUGCGGUCAAUUCUUAGCUUCUGGUGGUCUCUAUUGUCAAAGAAAUAAUCAAACACUUUGUUGUCAUAAAAAUAUGGAAGCAAAUGACAAGGACUACUGCUUCUCUAAUGCAACUUAUAACUGCCGAACUUUUAUCUCAAGAUAUGGUUACCUGUGUACUUCGAAUGAUUGCGUUAACUCAAAUAAUAUUAUAUAGUUUCUUUUUUUUUGAUAUUUAAAUAAACUUAAAACUAUAUUUUAUACCGAAAA